GGAGAAGCCACAGAGGCGGCGGCGGCAGCAGAAAGCGAUGGGCAACUCGCCGAGUGCCGACACCAGUGCGCGGGACAGCGUGACCAACCUGAGCAGCCAGGAGAAGCAGGCCAUCCGGGACACGUGGCUGGCCUUCAAGAAGCAGCUGCGCACGGGCAGCGUGACCAUCUUCGUGGUGCUGUUCAUGCGCCACCCGCAGUACCAGAAGCUGUUCACGGCGUUCGCAGACGAGCCGGCCAGCGAGCUGCCAAAGAACCCGCGCAUGCUGGCGCACGCACUCACCUUCGCGUACGCCAUCACCGCCAUCGUGGACAGCCUGGAAGAGCCGGAGACGACGAAAGAGAUCGUGCGCAAGGUGGCCAUCGCGCAUGCGCACCGCACCUCCGACAUGAAGACGGCCUUCGAGAGGAUGGGCAGCGCGGUGGUGGACACGCUCAUCGAGAAGCUCGGCUCCACCAUGACGCCCACAGCGGUGGCCGCGUGGAAGCAGCUCUUCACCUUCAUCGUGGCCCUCAGCGAGAAGACGUUCGAGGACACCUUAAGACGCGACGACCGCGGACGUCGGGGGUCAUCCAAAGGGUCUUCCUCGUCUUCUGAAGCCUCAAAGUCCACGAGUCCAAAUUCACAGCCGCCACCAGCACAUACCUAGCCGAGGAGGAUGGGGUGACGAAAGGAGCCAGCCACGCCUUAGCAGAGCGUCAAGCCAUCCGAAUUGUCUCGGUAGUGUUCCCCGACGCUGUGUCCAGAACUGAGCGCCCUUUUCCAACGUUUAGCGCCUUCCAUUCGGUGUGCCUUCAAGGUGCCCGAUAAAUAAAGGUGGAAUAUGUUCUUUCCAC